GUGUUAAAUAUUCUUAUUGAUUGAUUCCAGGUUGAAGUGUUGAGCUGCAUAAGGCAUCCUAAUAUGGUGCUUCUUCUAGGAGCGUGCCCCGAAUAUGGUUGCUUAGUAUAUGAAUACAUGUCAAAUGGAAGCUUAGAAGACCGCCUAUUUCAGACUGGUAAAACCCCACCACUCUCCUGGCAGCAGAGGUUUCGAAUCACAGCUGAAAUCGGGACAGGGCUUCUGUUUCUGCACCAGACCAAACCAGAACCGAUAGUGCACCGCGAUUUAAAACCAGGAAACAUACUGCUAGACCGGAAUUUUGUGAGCAAGAUCAGCGAUGUUGGCUUGGCUAGAUUGGUCCCUCAUUCAGUGGCCGACACAGUUACCCAGUAUCGAAUGACAUCAACUGCCGGAACUUUCUGUUACAUUGAUCCUGAAUAUCAGCAAACAGGAAUGCUUGGCAUAAAAUCUGACGUGUAUUCCUUGGGGAUCAUAUUUCUGCAGAUACUGACAGCAAAACCACCAAUGGGUUUGACUCACCUGGUUGAAAGGGCAAUUGAGGCAGGCACCUUUGCUGAAAUGCUUGAUCCUGCGGUGACCAAUUGGCCUGUCGAAGAGGCUUUGAGCCUUGCAAAGUUAUCAUUAAAAUGUGCUGAACUUAGAAGGAAAGACAGACCGGAUUUGGGGCAGGUAGUGAUGCCUGAACUUGAGAAAUUGAGAGCAGUUGCAGAUGAAAACACGUUUCCAUCGUCCUUGUAUUAUCCUGGCUGCUCUCCAAACCAUAGUCAAGUUUCUGUGUCUCAAGUAAGUCAAUUCUUUAUAUGUGUAUUUGUCAGUAGUUGUAACUCUUGUAAGCAUCAAUAAAUUAUGGUUAUCGGUGGAAUGAAUUCUGAUUCUUUUGGUAAGGUAGUUCUGGUGGGCAUAUGACCAUAGCUAUUUCAUGGCUUAACAAAUGGGUCUGCAUUUUACAGGAAAAUCUGAGCUACCCUACAACCGGUCAUUCUGGAUAUGAUAGCUACAGGAGUUCAUCAAGCAAUGGGUUGUAGCAAGCCAAAACUCGGAAGCAAAGCAUAGAGAGCCAUUUUAUUUGGAAAUUGUGAUUGAUUUUUCCCUACUUCGUUGCGUUUAAACCCAUCCCCCCACCCCACCCCACCCCUAUAAUUAUGUUUAGCAUUAGGGGUUUUUGGGCAUCGUCAUAUUUGUCAUCCGCAAAGAGAAGAAACUGUUCUCUCAACAAGAGCAAAAUGAUUUUUGUUUGCUUUCAAAAAAAGUCUACUCACUCUCCGACCCCACCCCCGUGCACCUGCCACUCACCACCCCAUUUUAGUCAUGAGGUGCUACAAAAUCGGCGCUGCGGAAGAAUGUUCUCAAUCGUAGCUAUGUGUGAUGAUCUCCUAGAAGGCUAGAAUGUGGUUAUUAAAUGGGAAGUAUCUUUGAUAAGUGAAAUUGGCAAUGGAUUUCAACCUGAUUUUGAUAUGUGAUGAGGGGUAAAUUGAUAUACAUACCAUUCCUUUAGAGAAGUUGCAUGAGAGGCAGUUGGGUUAGACUCAAUUGAUGUGUCAUUUGUUGUCUCCCUGUAGUGCUAAGAGUUCUCAAAUAGCAAAGGGUGUGUUUCCCGUGACCAGAUGAUAUACCCACCAGUGAGCUAAACAGAAAAAAAAAUGUAUGAACUCUGCUACUUAUUGAAGAACAUGAAAAACACACAAGGGGAGAUGUAGGAAUUUGUUUACCUUCAAAAGAUAAGUAGCCAAAAGACUGACAUAAGUAUAGCAAAGAAACGAAAAAUGAUAGGAGCAUAUCAUGUAUGGGGAGGCAAACUAAUAUAUAGUGUAAUUAGAUAGUGGUUACAGCAUGCUUAUCACCACAGGAAAUGCCAUUAAUUAGCUUUACAAAUAAAAAAUGAUAGGAGUAUCAUGUUCGGAAUUGUAGACAUCUUUGAAUAAAUUCUUGAAGGAAAGUACAUAACCAAGCAUUGGAAUAAUAGAAUAAGAAGCCACGCUGUUAAGAAACAGAAAUCUCUACUCAAUGUGAAGUUUUAUUUUGAAAGUUAAACUCUUGAACCAUGUAGGCAACCCAUUAUAAAGUAUCUUAAGUGAUAUCUUAAUGAGGUGCACCACUGCACUAGAAACUUUUACUCUCCAUCUAUUCAACCAGCUAAUAAAGAACCUCAAUUUUAAUCACCUCAACAGUCAACAACAACAAGAAUUGAACCAAAACUGACAUUUUUCAAGCUUAAAAACCAAACCGAAACCGAAACCAAAAUUUUGGUCACUUCGGUUUUUGAACAUCAAUUUGACGGUUGGUUUGGUUAAAUAUCUCACCCCAACUUAGAUCCAUUUAAGACCGCUACAUCAAAAUCUCUAAGGUGGACAGAAUUUUUAUGAUAUGGAAUUACCAAAGUACAUGAUGAAUGAAAGAAUCUUUAAUGCUCCCUCCGUCCCAAAAUGUUUUACACUUUACGCAAAACGAAGCGAAUUUUAAUUUUUUUUAUUCAUUUUAUUUAAAGAUUGGGUUGGAAAUUAAAAUUAAAAUUUACAUAUUUAA